AUGUUUCAAUUAAGUUUGAAUAAAAACUUGGAAUCAGAUUUGAUUCAAUUGAUUAAAGAUGAAAAAAAUUUCACCCCAACUUCAUCUCUUUCAAUAGACAAAAUCAAAUCAAUCAUCAAUACAAAAAAAAUCUCUCCCAAUGAUUUAUUAUUAAUUUAUAAAAAUUAUCUAACCCGCCGAAAUGAUAAACACAACUGUAUUAAAGAUUAUCUAACAAACACGCAUUUCGUUUCUCAAUCUCCAAAAAAAAUCCCAGGUGCAAAUUAUACGCCUGAAUUCAAAAAUCAAUUAAAUCUUUUGAAAUUACAAUUGGAGGAAAAUGAAUAUCAAAAUAUGGUUCGUAAAAAUAACCUACAUAAUGCCAAUGACAACAACACUCAAUCCCUAGCUCAAAUCAAUAGAGAGAUCAAAGAACAAGUCACCACAAUCUUCAACAUCCUUGUCAGUUGUUUGUCUGUUGUCGUGGCAAUUUGGUAUUGGACGUCAAAUAUUCAACUCGAAAUUAGAGUCUUGUUAUGUUUGUUUUUCGGUAUAUUAGUAUUGAUAGCUGAUAUCGUGGUAUAUAAUAGUUAUUUAAGAAAAAUUGAUGAAGCUAAAUUUAAAGAAAAAAAUAAAAUUGAAAAAAAAAAAUUAUUCAAAAAUUGUGAAUUGCUCCUCUCCUUCUCUCCCCCCCCCUCUCCUUGCACAUGGCAAUACGGUUUCACUCAGAACUCCCCGUAA